CUAGUGGACACCAGAUUUAAAUUCAAAUAAAAUAAAUAGCUGAUAAAAAAAAUCCAAGGUCACAAGUUCCUUAAAAGCCAUAAAGAAGACCUCACAAAAUAAUGUCUUAUUUCCGGUGAAACAGAUCUUUCCUUUAUCUGAUUUUGAGCUACUGAAUUAUUGUUUUCCUCAGAAAGACUUGACUAGGAUUUCCACUUGUCUUUAUAUUUACUUAGUAAAAGGUGUCUGUGGCUCUUUGCUUUCAGAGAAUGAAGAAAAGCAGAGGAGAGAACCUGCGUCUUCAAGUGGCAAAGGAACAGAAGAUUGGAAUAGCCUGAAAAGAGUUUGGAAAGAACUCCCAUAAAUCCCAAGUUCACCUGGGGCUCAGGUGGGAAGAAACAAAAGAAAAACCAAUGUGCAAAGGACAGCCUCCUUUUUCUACAAAAUGACUCUCCAGAAAGGUCCCAAGGAUGCUUACCCUUACUCAGARCCCAGAAGAUUUAGAGCUUAAACCCUAAUGGUCAGUUUUAAACUCUGGCCAGAAAUCAGACUUUCUCCGAGUCUCUCUUCACAGCAAAGAAAUGCAUGUGGCAGUGGUGGCAGCCGAGGUGAUACUGCUCCUAAGCAUGGGAUGGACAUCAGACUCUCUCUGCUCACCCACUGUUUUUUACAGAGACUGCUGGAUCCACCGCUUCCCAGGUCUUCAAAUUGAUUUGGAAGAGUCUCAGAAGCUGGGAGCCCAGUUCUUGAAAUAUUAUUCUGAGAGCACUGGCCAGAAGUGCAGUAGGAGCUGCUGUCUUAGGAAAGAUGUUUCCUGUAAUUUGGCUGUCUUCUUCUAUGAUCCUAUUCAUGACAAUGUCAACUGCCUACAUAUCCACUGCCCAACCUUGGAGAGCUGCAUAUUAGAGCCCGGAACCAGUGCCAUUUUGUACAACAUAACAGAUGGUAUGGAUCCAGAUUUGCUGGUUUUUGAGCAAUCACUUCCCACAUAUCUAAACACCCGUUCUUCAUCUGAUAGGUGGGAUAGACUAAGGAUUCUAAAAGCUAUGAAUUUAGAUAAUAAACAACAAACUACCACGAUAAACCGUAUGUUGCCAUCAAUAGAGGCUCCAUCAUCAGCCCCACAUCAAGAUUUGGUUGUAAACACAAACAGUACUGGUUAUUCCAAGGAAUUAACAAUAGAUCUUUGGGCAAGGUUCAUUUCCCUGAAUGACUCCAUUACCACUAAGGUAAAUAUGGUGUCACCAAGCACUGACUUAAUCAGUGAUCCAGACAAUCAGACUGUUUCUCCUUUCUUUGUGCCCAUCAACACAAAGCUUUCUCUUAUGCCUAUUCCAUCCCGACUCAACAGUAGCAAGCAAUUACUAAAUAAAACCAAGGGGUACAACAGCAGAAACCAGACAUCUGAAAAUGAAGAGGAGACACUUAAUGGGGCACCUGUGACUUCAAAGACCUGGCUAGCUUCUGUGGCCUUAUGCACCUCUGUCCUCUUUCUUUGCUGUUGUACGGUCAUCCUGGCAACCAGAUGCUGUCGAAAGCAUCAGGGCCAGUAUAAACCAGGACAACGAAAGUCAGGAUCCAAGCAARGUAAAAAAUAUAAUAUGCUAAAAGACAACUCUUAAAAGAUGUUGUGAGAUUGUAAGCUUUAAAGGUAAUAAUUUUCA